AUGGCAGCCGUGCGCAGGAAGUUUGGGGACGAGUACCAGGCCGUGGGCCUCGCUCGCUGCAGCGCUCGCAGGGAGCGGCAGCGCUUCGUGGACAAGAACGGGCGCUGCAACGUGCAGCACGGCAACCUGGGCGGCGAGAGCAGCCGCUACCUCUCCGACUUCUUCACCACGCUGGUGGACCUCAAGUGGCGCUGGAACCUGCUCAUCUUCCUGCUGACCUACACGGUGGCCUGGCUGGUGAUGGCUUCGUUGUGGUGGGGCAUCGCCUACCUGCGCGGGGACCUGCAGCAGGCGCACGGUGACACGUACAGCCCGUGUGUGGCCAACGUGUACAACUUCCCCUCCGCCUUCCUCUUCUUCGUGGAGACCGAGGCCACCAUCGGCUACGGGCACCGCUACAUCACGGAGCGCUGCCCCGAGGGCAUCGUGCUGUUCCUCUUCCAGUCGCUGCUGGGCUCCGUCGUGGAUGCGUUCCUCAUCGGCUGCAUGUUCAUCAAGAUGUCGCAGCCCAAGAAGCGAGCUGAGACGCUCAUGUUCAGCCGUGCCGCCGUCAUCUCGCAGCGCGAUGCCAAGCUCUGCCUCAUGUUUCGUGUGGGCAACCUCCGCAACAGCCACAUGGUGUCUGCCCAGAUCCGCUGCAAGCUGAUCAAGUCCAGACAGACACCAGAGGGAGAAUUUCUGCCACUGGACCAGUGUGAACUGGAUGUUGGAUUUGGAACUGGAGCUGACCAGCUGUUUUUGGUUUCCCCUCUAACCAUCUGCCAUGAAAUUAACUCAGAGAGCCCCUUUUUCUGCCUCUCACAAAGAUCACUGAGGAGUGAGCAAUUUGAAAUCGUCGUCAUCCUCGAGGGAAUUGUUGAGACCACUGGAAUGACGUGCCAAGCCAGGACCUCAUACACAGAAGAUGAAGUCCUGUGGGGUCACAGGUUCCUCCCAGUCAUGUCUCUGGAAGAUGGCUUUUUCCGUGUCGAUUAUUCUCAGUUCCACGCCACCUUUGAAGUCCCCACUCCUCCUUACAGUGUUAAAGAGCAAGAAGAAAACCUGUCCCAGUCAUCUCUCUUGAACAGUCCUUUGGAUAAGAAAAGCAGAAGAGAACAGGUUUGUCCUCUUGACUGUGCUGAUGUUCCAGGAGAGAAGAACAAGCUCCCUGCUAAACUUCAGAAGAUCAGCUCGAGGAAGGAAGGCCUUCCUCCAAGAGCCCUGAGAAUGAGUUCCAGUAACACAGAGAAGACUUUCAGUACUGGAGAUCUCUUGAAAAUUCAAGAAAUAAGUCCCAUCUCUGAUGGUGAAGACAGUGAUAACAGGAUGCAGCUGAAAGCCUUAAAAAUAAAUGCCAAGGCUCUGACUCAGUCUACCAGUGAGCUCGAGUUACAGAAGGAUUUUCCAGGUGUGGGUGCUCUGGAGGUGAAAUUGGAAGACAAUUUUCCUGCCAAACUUUAA